AUGACGCAGCUCAAGACGGUGCACCUGCUCCGCUUCCUGGUGCUGGCCACCAUGGUGGCCAAAUCCAUCUGCGUCGGAGUGCGCCUUAACAACGUCGAGGAGCUAAGUGAGCCAUUGCGCACGAUUCUUAUCGACGAGCCGCUCAGAAGUCCAAGUCGAAGUCCAGACGCUUCGCUUCUAUCGACCCCGACCGUGAGGCCGGAACGCAGUCCGAGCCCACAUCCAUCUGACACGUCCGAGCGUAGAUUGGCACGCCAAGACUCUGCGUCUCCGAGAUUCCAUUCACCGCUAUACUCGGACACGAACGCGCCUCGCCCAACGUUUAGAGAAAUCAAUCGAAUGCAGAGGCAGAGAGAACGGCUGGAAUAUGCUCGCGCUCGUGCUCGGGCGAGGCAAACGACCACGACGACGACCGAUGAAUCGACUGCAGCGUCUCGUCGUCUGCGACGACCGUUACCGACCGGCCCGUACGGCGCGGUACGCGUGCGCACGCCAUCCCGCGUUCCUGACGCUACAGUUGCGGAGCACCCGGAAAGGACGCAGCUAGCGACCACACCGACGGUAAAUAGGCACGCCAUUUACCGUGAGCACCAUCGAAGACUACGUCUAGCUCAGUAUCAAGCCCAGCACGAAGCUAGCUUUUCAAGUGAGUAUCCAGGCCGGCGGUUCAUAGCUGCCCAGAUGCCGUCGCAUUGGCUCUUGGAGUGCUGCUGACGCGCACGUUUUUUCCUGAUCCCGGAAAAGACCACGAAAGCGAGCUACAUGGGGUGGAUGUGGAUCAACGUAUAAUCCAAAGGAUGCGCCGAGAAGGCCGCCCUGAGCAGGAAAUUGAGUUGCUUCAGCAGAGCCUGCGCGAGCGUCGGGCCAAAUACCCCUACACCGGCACGGGGUCCAGCCAUGAACCAGCGCCAGCUGCAUGA